CGUCAUCGAAAUUGGGCGGACGUCAGCUGCGCGACGUGGAACUGAUUAAAAGUCGGAAAAGUCCACAUUACGAAUUGAACAUUUGUAAAUGCAGUGGUGUUCUCGAAGUAAUUUCGUAGAGCGUAUAGUUUCAGAUGAUUUAAUCCCCUCUGUAGAUCCGAGAUCAUCUGUAUUCAUCCUGUCCACCUUCAACAUGCCUCAUCCUAAUCAACAAGUACUCCGUCAGGGGUCGCAAAGCAAGAUUGAACUGAAGGAGAAGAUACUCCAUAUUUACGACACAUUCUUCCAGGGGAAAGACCCAACAAGAGACAAUGCAAAUUUCUGGGAUGAAUUCUUUCUUCUGAAGGCGAAUGUGAGUUAUAUUGAGAACGAACUUGACAAAUUGACUCCUGCUGGCCUGCUUAACCUGAAAGAAAACAUCAAUGCUCUGUUCUAUCACUGUGUAAUGGCUCUGGAAGAAAGCUAUCCUAUCCGUGUGGUCAAUGCACUUCAGACAUUAUGUGCACUGAUUCGAGGUGUUUAUCAGAAGGCUAUGGUGGAUCAUGGCUUUGAUGUAAUCAACAUUCUUAUUGGUUUUGAUUCUGCGGAACAGGUCAUGCAGAUGCUCAUUGAGAGACUGAACAAUGUACUGACAGGAGACCAGUCUAUCAGCCUUAAAAAUCUUGCCUUGAAAGUACUUCUUGUCAUCUCAACAGUUGCCAAUAAUGUCAGUCAGAACACAUUACUAGAAUACCUGAUGAUGAACAGUGUCUUUGAGUCUAUUGUACAGAUUUUGGCUAACCCAGUGGCUCGAGGGGAACAUGGCUAUGAAGCACUUCUCUUGUUGACCAUCCUUGUCAACUAUAGAAAAUAUGAGUCUGCAAAUGCAUACAUUGUGAAGCUUUCUAUUCUGGAUGAUGAGCUGGCUUUGAAUGGAUUAGGUCAUGUAAUAUCAACAAUACUAGGAGACUUUAAUGGGAGGUAUAAAGCCAAGCAAGAUGAAGAGAAAGGAAGUGGAUGGCUCUCCUCAAUAACAUCAAUGGUUGGAAACAUGUUUGUCUCAGAGGAGUCAGGUACACAUCGAGCUUAUGUGAGAGAUCCCAAUAAUGCAACAUUGCUGGCUCUUUAUGAAGCAGUACAUCUCAACAGAAAUUUCAUUACAGUACUAUCACAUAAUCAUUCGGACCAUAGUGGCAGUGCUCCAACCACACCCACGUCCCCUCAAGCACCUGCAGUGCCUAGUGUUGUUAGUAAUUUGCAGAACCCUCAGACCGUUGGAGGAGUUCCAUCUACUGGUGGAUCUACCAACAUUCUUGUCACAUUUCUUAGUUACUGCUCCAUCAUCAUGCAAGAUCUUAAAGAUGAUGAGAGAUUCAGCAAUACCAAGCUCUGUCUACUUAUUCUCUCCUGCAUCGCUGAAGACCAAUAUGCAAAUUCAUUCCUCCAUGAUGCUAAUCUUACAUUCAGAGUUCCUCUUCAUCAAGCACCAAUGAGACACAGAAAACAGUCCCAAGAUCUGCCAGCCAGACCGCUUGCUUGUGCUCUCCUUGAUUUGACUGUUGAGUUCAUCCUUAGUCACAUGAUGAGAAACUUGCCGCAAGAGUUAUAUUUAAAAUGUCUAGGUGUGAUUCAUAGAGUGUUGUGCUAUCAGAAGAAAUGCAGAGUGAGAUUACAAUAUUCAUGGAUCAGUAUCUGGACAGCAUUGAUCAGUCUGCUCAAAUAUAUUUUGGCCAGUGAAUCUGUGUUACUGCCAUCCAACAACAUCUUUGAAUUGGCUUGCAAGGUGGUGAACCUGUUCAACCUGUUUAUCACCUAUGGAGAUACCUUCUUGCCCUCAGCAAACUGCUACGAUCAACUCUACUAUGAACUCAUCCGUAUGCAUCAAGUAUUUGACAACAUCUACCAUAUGGCUAGAAGACAUGUGACCAACAAUGGCCAGUACAAAGACUCCGCCAAUAAGCUUGCUAAUAACAUUGUCAAUAUCAGAGCUAUUAUCAAUCAUUUCACACCUAAGAUUGAUUCCUGGGCAGCCAGUCAGACCACAGCGCUUACAGAGGAACAGGUUCUUAGCAUCGUGAAGAACAACUACGACACGCUAACUCUGAAGCUGCAGGACAGCUUGGAUCAGUUUGAACGCUAUGCAGAGAAACCAAAAGAAUCGGCUUUCUUCACACAAUUGGUGCGAUCAUUGGUGGUCAACUUCCGGGUCAACUCUGGUGUGGGCAACCUCGAGCAGAAGAGCGUUCUUCAAGAGUUUUCGACCAUACAGUGACGGUGAUGGAUACCAUGCUCUGGACCCUUUGCUGCCUGUCCUUCUGAUACCGUAGGGCCUCUGCAGAAUGUCUCCAUUCUGAUCUCUCGGCUGCUGUGAUCCUUGCCUCUGCCCAUGACCCCCAUUCGUCCUGGUCUCCUCCUGCUUGCACAGGGCUUCAAGAGACUCGUUUUAGAUAGGGAGAGGUGGAGAGACAGGAGAGAGAGAAAAAGAGAGGGGGUGAAGAAGAGUUGAAAGGGGAGGAGAU